ACCUCCAGUGCGCGCGAGCUGCGAGGGGAACCAGUCCGCGGGGGCAAAAGUCCUCCUUACGUCCUCCUCGCGUGUGUUAAAACCGGGCAGUGUGCGAAGUUUACACCGGACGCGAACCAAGCUCGUCGCCAACAAGACAGUGAGCAGGAAUUCAUCUGUAAAAAAACCUGGAGCAUAAAGCCUAAAGAAGCGCUUUUACAAGGCCUAUUUCCAACAUUUAUUUGUGUGACUACAAUGGCUCGCGCUCUGUGCGAUGAUUCAGUUGAAUGGUUACGGAUAAGAAGGCUGAUGUGAUGAAUGAUGGGAGCACGAGAAGGACCUGACAGAAAUCCUCAAUCUCUUAAAGCCUCCAAGUGGAUGGAUGUCAGGACCAAUCAGGGUUAGCGCACGCAGCCGCGCACGUCUUGUAAGCCCUGAACGGCCCUGAACCGCACUAUCAAGGAAAUUCUUCUUCCCUCCAGGGUCACCUCCGCGGGUUCUCUAUCUAGCGCUAAUACGCCCCGAACACAGGCCAUGAUGGCUGGACCUGGAGCCUGAAGUGGAUCUUUUUCAAUAUCUCCAGCUACAAAGGACAAAGUCGACCCGAUGGCCACCGAGGAAAAUCCGACCCAGGUCGUGGCUGCGGUCCUGGCUCAGGGAGCUUCGCCUCCAGCCGCUGGGAGCAGAACCGCCAGCGGUGCCAGACACGUAAAUAGCAGCCAGGAAGUGUGGCAGUACUCUGACCUAUUGUGGCAGUCGAAACAGCGGGGCAGCCCUUCCCUCCUUUUUUAUAGGAAGCUGUCGUGUGACAGUGGGAAAGGGACAAUUUUGGACGAGGAAUACGAGUGUUUGGAUUGCGACUCAAACCUCUUGAGCGCUGAAGAGAGGCUCCCUCCGGAGCUGCCUGCUGGCAGGAGAGCCGAAGGAUUAACCGACGCCGUCUCUGCGAUACCUGGGAGAGCUUCAGAGGGAUCUCGGCGUCAGCCAGACACCCCCGGAGGAGAGGGCGUGGAUGCAGGCGGAAACGGAACUGGCAGCACCCGAUGCUCCGGCACCGCGUCGGGCCUCAUGCGCAGUCCCAAAUCCAGCCCCGCUCAGAGUCCGAGCCGGUCCCCGGCUCAGCACAACCGGAGACACGUGCGUCGCAGCAGCCUGCCUGUGUCCAUGCUGGCUUUCCACAAUGGAGAGGGACGUCGCCUGUGCAUGACGUCCCCCUGGCCCUCAUCCCUGUGCUGUACAUCCAGUGAGCCCAGCUCUCUGGUCUCAUCUCCCUGUGGCUCCCCCUUCGUCGUGCGCCGCCAGCAUCAGCUGAAUGGACAAGUUCACCGGAACCGCCUCAAAGACGGCUACUCGAGUUUAGAACGGCUCAACAGGAAGCCCAGGGUUAAGAAAUGCUCCCUUGAAAAACUAUUUCCCAGUAGAGUGUCUUUGGAAGCCAUGAGGUCAAACCUGAGGGCCGAAGGCAGGUCAAACCUGAGGAACGAAGGGAGGUCGCCCUGCAGCGUGGCCAGCGGCGACGCAGGGGACGGAGACGGCCUCUCGGACAACGCAGACUUCAUCAGGAACCGCAAAGAGGGAUCCACCGUGCUGGUCAGGCGCUUCUACAAGAAUAAUCAAAAGAUGACCAAGUCGGUGUGCACUGGGACCAGAGCGAUCGUGAGGACGCUGCCGUCCGGACGGAUCUCCGAGGAGGCCUGGGAGGUGGUGGUCGAUCGGAGGACAUGGCGACCCCGCGAGAGGAAUCUGCGGCCGUUCGUUCUGCGCGUUACCAAAGAAGAAUUCAGCAUCUGCAGGGAGAUGCUGCGUUUCAUUGGAGUUAAGCUUCAGGAGGUCAACAAAUACAUGCAGGACGGCGAGGAGCUCUACCUGAAUCACCCCGCCAAGCGGCUCCUUCUGUCCCCCCCGGGAGGCGCGGCGCUCCGGGAGCCUCGCGGGCAAAGCCACGCUGUCAGCGGCGGGCCGGCCGCAUCGGACCCGGACCCCUGCCUCCCUCCCCGGUGCCGCCGGCCCUCUCACCCGCCGAGGUUUUACCGGGCCUGUUGCCAGAGGACGUCGGUGUGCUCCCUGCUCACCGGAGCCCUGCUGGAGGCCACCGCCGCCCUCGGUUGCCGCUCCGCUCUGCCCUUCCCUUUGGCCCAGAGCCCGAGCGGCCACGCCGUGCUGAAAGAGCGCCAGCUGGCCAACAGCAUGACCAGCGGGGGCUCCCUCCAGCCCAGCGUCAGCGGGGUCAGUAAGGAGCUGGCGGAGGUGCGCCACCUCGUUCAGUUCCCCGAGGAGAUCGCCUGCAUCCUCACGGAGCAAGAGCAGGAGCUUUACCAACGGGUCUUUCCCUUGGACUACCUCCGUUUCCUCACCCGAGAUGUGGGCAGCCCCGAGAGUCAAACCAGACGGCACCACCACCACCUCAAGGCCUCGCCCUCUGCGCCCGCCGGGGCUACCCAGAGUGCUCAGCGAAGCAACGCCGUGGAGGACCUGGUGGCGCGGUUCAACGAGGUGAGUUCGUGGGUGACGUGGCUGAUCCUGACAGCGGGAUCCAUGGAGGAGAAGAGAGAGGUGUUUUCCUAUUUGGUCCAUGUUGCUAAAUGCUGCUGGAAUAUGGGAAACUACAACGGCGUCAUGGAGUUCCUGGCUGGACUCAGGUCCCGUAAAGUGCUGAAGAUGUGGCAGUUUAUGGACCCGUCGGACAUCGAGACCAUGAGGAGCCUGAAGGAUGCCAUGGCUCAGCACGAAUCUUCUUCUAAGUACAAGAAGGUUGUGACCAGAGCUCUGAACAUCCCCGGAUUCAAGGUGGUGCCAUUCUGUGGGGUGUUUCUGAAGGAGCUGAGUGACGCGUUGGAUGGGACCGCGAGCAUCAUCAGCCUCAAACCUCCUCCGUACAACACCGACGACCCGAUCGAGUUCGUGUCGGACUACAGCGGCCAGCACAACUUCAUGUCGCGGUCAGGUCCGGAUGGACUGCACGUACCAGAGAAAGAAGCUACUGUCAGCAACAUCCUCCAGAUCAUCAGAUCUUGUAAUCGUAGUCUGGAGGCAGAAGAUCCUGACGAGGCCUCGACCGAUCCCUCUUCUACGUGUCCUGCGUCCUUCAGGGACCGCUGCCGCAAUCAAUUCACGGUGGGAGACUUGUCGGACUCCGAGGGCGACUUGGCGUCCGAGCCGCCGCCGAAAGACGCGGAGUUCCACGGGACCGAAGAGACUCACAGAGCUUUCAGCCACGGCACUGAGCUCAUCCCCUGGUACGUGCUGUCGCUGCAGCCUGACGUUCUCCAGUUCCUGCUGCAGGGAGCUACAGUCAUCCACUACGACCAGGACAGCCACCUCACGGCCCGCUGUCUGCUGCGCCUCCAGCCGGACAACACAACGCUGACGUGGGGUAAGCCUCAGAGCGGAGGGGCUUCCCCCACAGAGCAACCACUGGGAUUAGGACAGGCUGUAGUGGCAGGACUAGCAGAGGGCCUUUUGGACCUGGGAGUGGUGAAGGCAGUGUUCCUGGGUCAUCAGGGAGUAGACGUUCAUGCCGUGUGUUUGCAAAACAAGUUGAGCCAGAUGACGGUGGAGGAAAAUGGCCUCAGCCUCCUGUAUGGUCUCAGUACCACGGACAACAGACUCCUGCACUUUGUGGCCCCCAACCACACGGCACGGAUGCUCCAUAAAGGCCUGUCGGAGUUGGUGAAUGCAUCCAGAAAAUUAAAGAAGUUCCCUGACCAAAGGUUGCAGUGGCUUAGGAAGCAGUACGUCAGCUUGUAUCAGGUGGACGGCAGGUACGAAGGCCCUACGCUGCCUCACGCAAUUGAGCUGUUCGGUGGGCGCAGGUGGAACAUGGGUACAGGAGGAGUGGAGAAAUCUGCCGCCCAGAAGAACAGCCCUCUGAGCAUCAAUGACAAGGCCAAGAAGAAGAAGAAGGUUCUAGUCAGGGGAGACAGUGGGGAUUGCACGGAUGACGAGAUGGUUUCCAGGAAAACACGCAGCUGUAAGGAGGGACUUUAUCGGAAUGGACUCGAGUCAGACGGUAUCGACCAAGAAGAUCCAGAGGACAGCUUCCCUGGACCAUUCUCCCUCUCUUCUAGUAAAAGCCCCGGGUUGCUAGCCUCCUCCUCCUCCUCUUCCUCCUCCUCCUCCUCCUCUUCCUCCAGUAUGGCAGGGCCCAACCCUUCACGCCCACAAUCCACUCCCAUUCUCUCUGGAACGGCCAAGUCACAGCCGGCAGCGUGGAGCAGCAGGUCGUGGCACGGCCGCGGCAAAAGCUGUUUCAAAGGCUUCCAGAAUCUCAUGAUUUCCGACAGCACGAUGAGCUUCAUUGAGUUUGUUGAGCUCUUCAAGUCAUUCAGUAUCCGAAGCAGGAAGGACCUGAAGGAGUUGUUUGACACCUUCGCUGUCCCCUGCAGUCGCUCAAGUCCUGAGUCGGCUCCUCUCUACACCAACCUCCGCAUAGACGACAAAGAUACGGGGCUACAGCCAGACCUGGACUUAUUGACUCGCAACGGCUCCGAUCUCGGCCUGUUCAUCCGGACCAGGCAGCAGAUGUCCGACAACCAGAGGCAGAUCUCGGACGCCAUCGCCGCGGCCAGUAUUGUGACCAACGGGACGGGAGUGGAAAACGCGUCCCUGGGCGUCCUGGGGUUGGCCAUCCCUCAGCUCAACGACUUCCUCGUCAACUGCCAGAGGGAGCACCGAAGCUACGACGAGAUUCUCGCCAUUAUACAGCAAUUUGAGCCCUCAUCAAGCAUGAGACAAAUGGGUUGGAUGUCAUUUGAAGGCUUUGCAAGGUUCCUGAUGGAUAAGGAGAACUUUGCUUCUCGCAAUGAGGAAUCCCAGAUGAACCCAGAGGAGAUGCUGUACCCACUGUCCUACUACUACAUCGAGUCUUCUCAUAACACCUAUCUGACUGGACACCAGCUCAAAGGAGAGUCAUCUGUUGAGCUCUACAGUCAGGUUCUGCUGCAAGGCUGCAGGAGUGUUGAGUUGGACUGUUGGGAUGGAGAUGAUGGCAUGCCAGUCAUUUAUCAUGGACACACACUUACCACCAAAAUACCCUUCAAGGACGUGGUGGAGGCAGUCAACCGCUCCGCCUUCGUCAACUCGGACAUGCCCGUCAUCCUGUCCAUAGAGAACCACUGCUCCCUUCCACAGCAACGCAAGAUGGCUGAAAUCUUCAAGACGGUGUUCGGGGAACGUCUGGUGACGCGCUUCCUCUUUGAAAGCGACUUCAGCGACGACCCUCACCUGCCGUCGCCGCUGCAGCUGCGAGGGAGGAUCCUCCUCAAGAACAAGAAGCUCAAAGCGCACCAGGCGCCGGUGGACAUCCUCAAACAGAAGGCUCACCAGCUGGCCCACAUGCAGGCCCAGGCUAGCAAUGGGUCACCUGGGGUUAAUUCGCCUGGCAACCACACCAAUGAGGAGGAAGAGGAGGAUGAAGACGAAUACGACUACGACUAUGAGUCUCUAUCGGAUGCUGAUGUCCUCACAGCCUCUACUGCCUCGUAUGGCCUGGAAGAUAACAUUCUGGAGGACAAGCCGGAGGGGAAGAGCUCAGCGGACAAAGAAGAGCAAUCUGUCGAUGAAACACCGAAGAGGAUGAAGAAGUCUGAGAGCACCGCGCAGAGCAAAGGAAAGGUGUUUGACAUAGAGCUGGGCGAGGAGUUCUACCUGCCUCAGAACAAGAAGGAGAGCCGGCAGAUAGCCCAGGAGCUGUCCGACCUCGUCAUCUACUGCCAGGCGGUGAAGUUUCCUGGCCUGUCCACCAUGUCUCCUGUCGGCUCCGGCAGAGGGAAGGACCGAGGGAAGAGCAGAAAGUCCAUAUUCGGCACUGCUCCCGCUCGCUGCAGCACAACGGGGGAGGUCAUGACCCAGAGCCGCAUCCCUGCAAAAGGUGGCGCCGAGCGCCUGAGCUGGGAAGAGCAUCAGACCUCUCCCCCCCUCAACCCCGCCACCUCGCUCAGCGCCAUCAUCCGCACGCCCAGGUGCUACCACAUUUCCUCCGUCAACGAGAACGCCGCCAAGCGCCUGUGCCGGCGCUACUCCCAGAAGCUGAUCCAGCACACGGCGUGCCAGCUGCUCCGGACGUACCCGGCGGCCACCCGGAUCGACUCGACGAACCCCAACCCUCUGCUCUACUGGCUGCACGGUGUCCAGCUGGUGGCUCUGAACUAUCAGACCGAUGACUUGCCCAUGCAGUUGAACACGGCUGUGUUUGAGUCCAACGGCGGCUGUGGCUACGUCCUGAAGCCGGCGGUGCUGUGGGAUCGUAGCUGUCCGCUGUACCAGCAGUUCUGUCCGAUGGAGAGAGAUGUGGAGAAAAUGAGCCCGGCCGUCUAUUCCCUCACUAUUGUUUCCGGCCAGAACGUCUGUCCCACUAACGGCGCUGGCAGUCCGUGCAUCGAGGUGGAUGUCCUGGGCAUGCCCAUCGACAGCUGCCACUUCCGGACCAAACCCAUCCACCGCAACACGCUCAACCCCAUGUGGAGCGAGCACUUCCAGUUCAUCGUGCACUUUGAAGAGAUGUGCUUCCUCCGCCUCGCAGUGGUGGAGAACAACAGUUCCCAGACUACCGCACAGAGGACGCUGCCUCUGAAGGCCCUCAAGCCAGGUUACAGACACGUCCAGCUGAGGACGCAACACAAUGAACCUCUCGAAGUGUCGAGUCUGUUCAUCUACAGCCGCAGGAUGGAGGAGGUUCCCACAGGGGGCGCCACUCCCUCAUCACUUCUGUUCAGUUCGGAGGAGAGACUGGCGGCGCAGCAGCACAGGGUGACGGUGUACGGCGCUCCCGGCCCCGAGCUCUUCACCGUGUUCCGCAUCACAGAACAGACCACCGCUAAACAGCUGCUGGACACGGUGGUGGCGUCCACGGGGAACCCGUCCGAGUACUUCCUGUGCGAGGAGAAGGUUCCCCUGCUGAAGGAGCGCAGCGAGGCGAAGCGAUGCCCUCAGCAUCGUCCUCUGGCGCCCGAGGAGGAGGUGGUCAGACUGGUCUCCAGCUGGAACUCCGAGGAGGGACACGUGGGGAGGAUCUCCCUCAAAACAAAAGAUGAGAACCUAAACGACAAGAACCCAUUGCUGGAGGGAGAGGAGGAGGUGGCUGUGGGGGGUAGAGAAGGAGAAGGAGGAAGAGGAGGAGGAGGAGGAGGAGGAGGAGGAGGAGGAGCAGAGGACGACAUGUUCUUUGUUCAGGUCCAUGAGGUUUCACCAGAGCAGCCUCACACUGUGAUCAAGGCCCCGCGCUACAGCACAGCUCAGGACAUCAUACAGCAGACCUUGUCAAAGGCCAAGUACUCCUUCAGUAUCCUGUGCAAUCCCAAUCCAUUCGACUACGUCCUGAUGGAGGAAGUGACCAAGGACACCGGCUCCAAGAAGUCCUCCACCGCCAAGCCCCUGCAGCGGGUGCUACUGGAUCACGAGUGCGUCUACCAAGCGCAGAGCCGCUGGCGCGGGGCGGGAAGGUUCAUUCUUAAACUGAAAGAGCAGGUGCGGGAGGACAAAAAGAAAGUAAUGUUCUUCGCCAGCGAGCUCAAGAAGCUGACGAGCCGCGGGCGCAGCAUGACCACCGGCGCCGGCGGCGGCGGAGCGGACGGCGCCGCCCAGAGGUAUCUGUCUGCAGGUCUGAAGGCGUGGGUGGCAGAGGGCAGGUUGGGUGCAGGGAGGCUCCUGCAGGCCACGUCCUCCUCUUCCUCCUCCUCCUCCUUCAGAGGGCAACUCCUCCUGCCCACCUGCGCUCUGACCCCACCGGCCUGGAAGCUCCACCUCCUCAGGAACUGGAAGAUCCACAAAUGAAGUCGGGAAAGAGAGAGACUUUGCCUGAUGGCGUAUCAGGGAGGAGUCUGAUCGUGCCACGUGUCGGUUCUGCAAAGCGGGUCCAGAUGUUCGGCCCCUGUGUCCGAAAUCCCACCUGGCGUCACGUUGGGGUCUCUAGCUCUUCUAGCCGCUGAUGUUAUUGCUAACUGAGCAAAGAGCGCUUUCCUUAAGUCACAUUCAAAGAAUGAAGAAUUCUGGUCAUAGUCUUGGCUUUGGUGAAAGACAAUUAUUAUUUAGUAAAAUGCCUUUGCACAGUUUGCUACGCCUUUCAAUGGGAUUAGCAUAUCAUGUGUUUGUGUGGCUUGUGAAGUACUCCGGCCAGAUAAAUCACGCAGGGGAGGGAGGGAGGGAGAUCUGCUUGUAGGAAUGGAAGGAUAGGUCUGAGGAGGUGAAACCCGCGUUCUUCUCUCUUUUCUCAGGUAAGGGCUCCUCAUGCAUCGCCAAGGACGCGGACAAGCGGGCUUGUUUGCUUCUUUUCUUACCGUUCCACUUUCACAGUACUGUAAGGGCACAUUUUGAGCGUCGCUCUGAGGGAAAAGGCGGCGGCGGCGUGUGACGCAUUCUGUUGGUCACUAAAGGUGAUGAUGAUACGUCAGAGGAGGCGCGUUUUAAGGCAUUGUAGCUGGUCCAUGUUCAAUGUGAAGCAAUGUUUUAUCCCUGUGUUGAUAGAGUUAAACCCUUCUGUGUCAUCUUGGAAUGUUGCAAAACUGCGUUUAACUCGUGAUCAUUUCGUUGUGUCUGUGGUGUGACCUGGUGACGCCUAUUGAAGGUCCCACAAAGUGUUAAAGAAGAGACAUUUUUCACAAAAAAGAAUACUUUUGGACCUUCGUACCAAACAUUCAACUCUGGAUUUUGGUUCUGGAGAAAUGAAGUAACUCGUGAGGCUUAAUGCUAAUGAUAAAUAAAUAAUAAAUAAAAGUACCAAUGCUUAUGGUGCAAUCAAGCCAUUUUGGCAGAACUGAGGGGCUUCAUGAAGAAAAAUAAGGCUAAAAAUAUUCCCCCUUUCGAACGGACCAAUGAUGAUUUUAGCACUAAGGUACUUUGGAGAAACAGAACAGUGUUUUUCAAACAGCAUUUUGCACGUUUUUUGAGGUGUUAUUUUAAAUUCCCCGCACAAAAAUAUUCACAAACGAAAUGAAUCUGAUUCUUUUGUUUAUCGGCCAACAUUUAGUGUCCUUAAUCGUAAAUGCUGUAUCUUCAUAGAUGACUAGUAUUGAUUAACUGUCAGUAAAGAUGGAAGACUUUUCUUUAUUUCUUUAUUUAGCAUAUAUUUAAUGCGUGAUUGAUCUGGGACCAUUUUCCCCCCAUUUCAGUAUUAUAAUUGUAUAUUUUUAACUUUGACAAUGCUAAGAUCGUUUUCUUUAUCUUUAUAACAUAGCUUGGGUUUAUUCAGAAUUUUGGUUAUUAAAACAUACAAAUUGCCUUUUAGUGUCUCACUGAUCCUCACCAAUCCAAAACUUAAUCUCCUGCAUUAAAAAUAAGGAGAAUUAGUUUUGUCGGUUGUUGGGUGAAGAAUGAAUAAUACCGUUAUAAUGAAUAAUACCGUUAUAAAGACUUUAAGGAAAACGUACUGGUACCAAGUAGUGAUGUUUGGAUUUUAGUGCAAUGGGGAAGUUCUAUAACCUUAAAACCUUUAAGUUCUUGGUUUUUAACUUCUGACCUCGACGUAAAUAGUUACAUUAUUUUACAUUACAAAUAAAUGUAAUUUAUACACAAAGCGUUUCACUUUUUUCUAAUUAAAAGGAAGAAAUAAGAAAGUUCUCCAAGAAACAAGAACUCUAAACUGCUUAUUCCUAUAAUCUACUUAAUGAAAAGAGCUGAUAAAACAGAGUGAUUCUUCUGUUAUUUUGUGAAUAUAUAAUCAAGAGGUCAGUUCCUUGUUUUUCCUUCUUUUCAACCUCUACACCUCAUUUUGAAUGUAACUUUUCUUUGUGUUAAACCUGAGACAAAUGUGUGUUUGGAUGUUAUUUAUUUUUACUGUGAAGCCCUGGUUGGCAAAUAUCUGUUGUUGUUUAUGUAUAGGUUGUUGUUGUUUAUGUAUAGGUUCUUGUAAAUGUUUUUUAAUUUAUUUCACUAUGGUAGAUAAACUCCACUGCCCCAACUUUACUCACUUAGCAAGAGACUUAAAGAAAUAUUUUACUUUACAUCUUGUAACGCAUUUUAUUUUGUGAUUUAUUAUAGGGUUUUUUUGUAUUAGUCCGAUCUGUAAAAAUAUGACGUAUACGUUUGCUGACUGUGGGCUGUGAUUUAUCUUUAGCACACAUCUAAUUCCAUAACAUGUGCAGUUUACCCGUCAAAAUCCACGAUCCAUCUGAUGAGCGGGCUGUCAAGUGAACAUUUCUAUAUAUAAUUGAUUUUUGAAUGGGAUAAGAAUUAGUGGACUUGUCAUGUACCAGGAUCACAAUAAAAAAGAAAAUACUCAAUGUU